AUUGAGAGCAACCCUGAAUUUAGGGACCUGUACGAUGAUUACAAAAAAGUGCGAGAUAUUUACUCAUUGGAAACAAUAAGAGUUCAUUUGCAAUUCAUUGCUGAAGCAAAUUUCAAAGAGAAAGAGGGACAGUUAACUAUGACAAGAGCUCUCCAAGUCAUUGGUGAACAUUUCAAAAAUACUCUGGAAUCGCCCAAACUAUCUACAGCAAUGAGCGAACUUUUAUUAUCCUCGUUACAACUGAGCACAAAGAAAAUCAUCGUAGAUUUACGAGAUGCAUUAUCCCAUUCUUCCUCUCUCUCGCAGAGAACUGAAAUUGAAGAACAGGCUGAUGACAAUUUUUACGAUGGUAUUCGGAACGAAGCAAAAAUAAUAGAAAGCUUGGUUGUCGACAUCCUUCUCAAUAAUAAAGUUGAGUGUCUUAAAUCUCUUCUGAGAAAAAUCAUGUCGGCUACGUGUUUGGAUGAUUUACUAAAAAUGGCUAAACCCUUCGACAAGGUUAAUGUUUGUCCAGCACUACCAUCAGAAAAUUCUGAAAUGGUAACACAACACAAAAAGCUAGAGAGGAUGAUUGAGGCACUACGGAAAAAUGUAACAGACCCAAAUGACAUUGAAGAACAAUUAUUCGGAAAAAUUGACACUAUAAUUACGUCAUUCAAAACCCAAUCAGAAGUUGCAAUUUUCGAUUAUUAUGUUGCGCUUGCAUCUGUCAUAAAUGGAUUGAUUACACUGGAGGAAAAUAAAAUGCAAUGGGACUUUUUCCGUAACUUUCAGUCGUGUGUUACUCAACAGUUUAAAAAAGUUACCUUAGAAGUAAAAGAGUGUGAUUUCAAGGAUAUCGUACAGUGUGGGAUGAAAAUAUGUGCAAGUGUGAUAUCACGAAUUGAACCAAAAACACAAAAGGAAAUUGAACGACUAAAUGACAUACACACGUUAGCAUGCAAGUUCUUUUGCUUUGCUGAAAUCAAAACUAACGAUAUCAAAUGGCUAGAGAAAUUGAGAGAACAGCUACUAAUCAAGAAAAGAUCUCCUCACCCUUCACAAGUGCAAGGAGGAACUCCUGAAGGUACAAAAGCUAAAAGCGAGGAUGCACUCUCGUUGAAGCUGCACGAAUUGCAGAGUAUCCUUAAAAAUAAUGACCUUGGAGGGGAGACAGUUGAAAUAUUAACCUCUUUCAAGAAACGGCAGAAAUUGCAACCGGUUGUAGAAAUGCUUCUCCUGGAUAUUAUGUCAAUUUUGAGUGGCUCGGUGAAACCCUGGGAGAAUAAUCUCUUUUUUUUAGAUGAUUGUGUUCCUCUGUUAAAUGGAAAAUUUCUUCGCGAUCACUUAGCGCAUGGUGACAUUUUAGUUGAUCUAUUAUCAUAUGACCCAUCUAUGGCGAUUUUUUUAAAUGCCAAGAAAUUUAGUGGUAUUGAAGAUUUUAGCAAAAUAACCAAAAAAAUUGGCAAAUUCAUAAUUGAUAUCCCAUCCUUGGUUCAAGCAAGACAUGAUCAAAAGCUAGCCGUCAUUUCCUUUCAAGAAAAUCUAUUCAGUGCAUUGGAAGAGGGAAAUUUGGGAGCUGUGAAAACCUGUCUACGAGAAGGAGCUGAUAUGAAUGCCCGAAAUAUUAAAGGGCAAACAGCAACGCAUUUCGCUUGUAUGGGAUCAAAUCUUGAUGUUCUAAAGUUUACACUUGACCAAACGACGUUAGAUGCAAAUCUGAGAGAUGUAAUGGGACGAACUCCCCUUCAUGUUGCAGCUCUAUACGGAAACUCGGAUAUUAUAAAGUACCUCUUGAAAGAAAGGGUUCUUAAAGUUGAUGAUCCUGAUACCCUUCUAAAUACUCCAUUGAUUGUUGCCGCUAAAAAUGGUCAAAAAGAGGCUGUAAAAGUUCUACUGAAGAACAACGCCAAUGCUUUUGCUAAAGAUGAACACGGCUUAGCGGCCAUACAUUAUGCCAUCAAAUGCAAUCACAUUGAUGUAGUAAAGACCUUAUUGGAGAGAGAAGAAAAUGUUGAUUCUAAUGAAUCUUCGGGCGGUUUCACUCCGUUGCACAUCGCCACUGAAUGUGGAUAUCUCGAUAUAGUUCACUUCUUGCUCAACAAAAAAGCUGAUGUAAAUAAAACAAUGGACUAUGGAAGGACGUCGCUACAUUCAACCGCUCUUUACGGCCAUUUGGAGGUAGUAGAGACAUUAAUUCAAGGCGGCGCUGAUGUAAAUUCCAGGGUAGUUGAUGGAUCCACAUCUUUACACUAUGCCGUCGAGAUGGGACAUGAGCGGAUGGUCCGGGUUUUACUUCAAAGCGGGGCUAAUCCAAACAUAUCUGACAAGCAAAGUGGCCACACGCCUCUCCACAAUGCAGCUCUCCUCGGCCAUGAGGGGAUUGCUCAUGUUUUGCUCAAAAACGGAGCAAACGCUAAGGCUAUCACGUUUUUAGGCGGAACUCCAUUACACUUUGCAGCCAUGAAAGGUCACUUAGAAAUUGCUGCCCUUCUCCUCGGACAAAAUGUGGACAUUCAUGCGAAAGAUAGAUUCGAAAGCACACCAUUGCACUAUGCAGCAGGACGAGGGCACACAAGAAUUGUGAAGAUUUUAAUAAAGCAUGGAGCUGAUGUCAACGUGGAAGGUCCUCAAGGACUAACACCCUUACAUUUAGCGGCGCAAGCAGGCCAUGAAAGCGUGAUGAAGGUUUUAAUUAGUCAGAGCAUCGGGAUUAAUAAACAAGACAGCUAUGGUAACACAGCAUUAUUCUACGCUGCCUCCAGCGGUAAGUGUAAUGUCAUUGAAAAGCUACUGAAAAAUAACGCAGCAGUCAAUAUUGCGAACUAGAAUGGAAAUACACCAGUUCAAGCUGCGCUUGAAAGCGGAUGCGAAGACUGUGUGCGAAUUCUAAUCGCCAAAUCAGACCUCAACGAUUCUAGCCCUGAAUUGUUCUUAAUACAGGCUAUUGCUGGUAACAAAUCACAUAUCCUCCGAUAUUGCCUCGAAAAUAACUUUCAAAAGAAUUCAAGCAUAUUGAAAAAUGGGCUCGCGUUGUGUAUAGCGGUGGAGACAAAAAAUAAGGAAAGUAUCGAACUUUUGGUCAAACAUGGGGCAGAUGUUAAUGCAAUACUUGAUACUAAUACUCCAAUAAUACGGAUUGUACAAAACCUGAUGAGCAAUUUUGGAGUGGACGUUAACACAAUACUUGGUGGAUCUAUGCCAUUGAUUUCAGCAGUGAGAUUGAAUCAAAUAGACAUCGUAAAAUUGCUUCUAGAUCUUGGCGCAGAUGUCAAUGCGCAGAAGGGCGAACCUUUACAUCGAGCUGUUCUUUUAGGUCGCAAGGAUAUUAUAAAGGUUCUUCUAGACAGAGGAGCCCGCACUUACUUUAAGUAUGAGAAAAACAAAACUCUGCUACAUGUUGCUGCCGAGAAAGGUGAUGAAAACACGGUAAAAAUGUUGAUUAAUAAAAAAGCCCCAAUUAAAGUUGUAACUGAUGAUAAUAUCACGCCACUUUUCUCGGCAUCUCGUAAUGGUCACGAGGAUGUUGUUAAACUUUUGAUCGCCAAACAGGCAGACGUCAACUUCGCCAGCAAUUAUGGUACUCCUUUAGACGCAGCUUUAGAGAGCGGGCACUUCAAGGUUGUUGAAAUCCUGCUGGAGCAUGGGGCCGAAUUUGGCUCCGAGGAUAAUCGAAAUAAAACGCCAUUCGAAAUAGCCAUCAAGUGCGGUAAUUUUGAACGGGCUAAAAAGUUGUUACAACAAAAUGAUAUUGAAAUAAAUGUUGAGAAUAGUGAUGGGGAGACACUGCUGCAUACCACUUCUCUGGAGGGAAAUGUUGAAGUUGUGAAAUUUCUAGUGGACAAUGGUGCUGAUGUAAACGCUAGGAAUCAUAAAGCCGCACACAUGGCAGCUGGAGAGACCAUGAAGAACAUUUCAGAAUUUCUACUAGCAUUCAACGGAGUCAGACUACCAAAAAGUGGUCCCGAUCAAUUGACCCCUUUGCACUACGCUGCCGUGUGUGGUAAUCUAGAGGUGGUCGACUAUUUGAUAGGUCACGGUGCAGAUGUAAAUUGCGAGGCUACUACCACCGGUUGGAGGCUCAUACACUUAGCGGCAGCUGGUGGCCGCAAAGAGAUAGUUGAAGCUCUUUUAAUGAACGGGGCCAUGUACGACCCUGUUGAUUUCCUUAGCAAAAAGCCACUGAAAAUUGCUGAGUUUCAAGAUACCCAAAUUCUAUUAAAAUCGAUCAAAAAUUUAUUUGCAUCGGUGCGGAAAAACAAUGUUGUUCAAGUUAAGAAGUUGAUCAGAAACGGAGUCGUUGUUAAUGCCAGGUGUUCUAAUUACAGCACUCCUUUACACUAUGCAGCGUGGAAAGGUUAUACUGAUAUUAUUGAAUGUUUGUUGGAAAAUGGUGCUGAUCCGAAUUCAGUCAAUGACAAAGGUUUUACCCCACUACAUCACGCUUCUAAGUAUUCGCAGUUUGAAGCAAAUGUUGCCUUAUUGUACAAAGGCGCAAUUUAUAAUUACACUUCAAAUAACAACAAGACACCAUUCGACUUAGCCACUGAUAAAAGGGUGAUGGCUCUCCUCGAUAUGAUCGACAAAGCUUACAGAAAUGUUCGCGGUCAUGACACCGCAGUUAUUAGUGAUCUCAGAGAAAUAACGGAUGAAAAAAUAGUGAAAGCAAUAAUGCGGGCCCGUUGUCUGAAGAAGGAGUCUUUAGUGGUCGCUGCAAUCAAUCGCAAUUUUCCUGAAAUAGAAGCCUGGAAACAGAUCUUUCAGGAAAAUAUACUGCUCACUGUUCCCAUAGAGCCGCGUUCGAUACCUAUUCUACAAAGGAUACUUAAUCGUAGAAAAGACAUUUUUGGAGAGGAAAAUCCUGCUACAAUAGAUGUUCUCUUCAAAAUAGCUAAGAUUUCUUACAGUGAAGGAAAUUAUUCUGAGGCAUGCAGAAUUUUAACUGAUAUCUGUGAAAAACAUGAGAAGAUCUUUAUCAUUGACAAUAAAGAAGUUCUAUCAGCCAAGAGCUACCUAGCAUUAGUAUGGUAUAGACUUGGAAAAAAUGAAGAAUCCCUUCGCACGUUUCAGGAAAUAUAUCCAAAGCAAGAAAAAUUAUUGGGACGCAACCAUCGUGACACUUCACAAACGUUAUUUCAUAUGGCAUUGGUAAUGACAGGGUUGGAGAUGUACGAGGAUGCGUUAAAUAUUUUCACGUCAUUAUUUGAGGAAGAGAAGAGGUUACUCGGUGAAGACCACGAGUCCACUAUCGGUAAAAAAAAUAACAUAGCAUUAGUGCUCAGAUGUCAAGGCAAACUUGAGGAGUCAUUAGAAAUUUACAGCGAAGUUUUGGAAAAGAAGAAACAUAUUUUUGGAAUUCACCAUCCGGCCACCAUAAGGACAUACGAAGCUAUUGCAAAUAUUCUGUUAGAGCAAAGAAAAACGCGGGAGGCUGAAAAAAUUUUCCAGGAAGUUCUGGACGCGCACAAAAAUUUUCUGGGUCCAAAGCACCCAGAGUUGGUAAACUUAAAAUCUACGUUUGCACGUCAUCUCCAUGAUGAAGGUAAGUUUGUAGAAUCAUUAAAAAUCCACACAGAGGUGUUUAAAGAAUUAAAAGAGCUCUAUGGAAUCGAUCAUCCACUUAUACAGGUUACUUUAGUUUACAUUAAGAUGACUGAUUUACAUCUGAAGUCCAGAGAUACCUCUGCAUCGGCCGUUCUUGAGCAUCUUCAAACCAAAAACCUCUCAUUAAAAUUGCAUAGAGAUCCUCUCUCAAGUCUAAUUGGGUGUUGGUACAUUAUCAGUGUAAAAAAAACCAUGCCCUCUGGAAAUAAGCAAACUAGUUCCUUUCAAGGAAAUGAAAGAAUGCUUUUGAGUUUUUUUAAUUCAAAAAAGAAAUUUCUUACUGAUUUCAAGAAGCAUUGUUGUGAAACAUCGAAAGCUAAGGACUUUUACUUCUAUGUCCUAGCAAAACUGAAAGAAGCUAUGAUAAAAAAUAAAUUAGAUGAUUUUGAAAGACUUUGUGAUGUUAUUGACUACAUGAAUAAUGUAAAUAUCACAAAAAAAGAAUUUCUCAAUGCUGAGGGAAAUCCUUUCUUUGAUACUAAUUUAAUUAUAUUAAGUUGUAAGCAUAAUAGACCUCGUGUUCUAAAAUAUUUGUUUCAAAGCAAUUGCAAAGUCUUGGGUAUUUUGGCCCCUGAAACUUCUACAAGCGAUUCGCAUCAUCCAGAUCUUAUGGAUUCAGAACAACAUAAUGCUUUUUAUUAUGCUAUCCAGUCAAGUAACGUAGAUGUUCUUUCAACUCUUAUUGAUCAGUGGCCAGGAAUUUGUUUUUCUUCCAACCCCCAUAAAUUAGACGAACUUCUUUCCAAAGCAUAUGAAGAGCUAAAAUUGAAAAGAGUUUUCCUGUCGGAAGAGAUGGAAAUAUAUGUCGAGAGUAAACUAUUAGACCUUCAGUUUUUCUCUGAAAAUUCUGUCUCAGUGAAACCUGUUGAAAGUGAUAUUAACAAUAUUAUUGAGCGCACAAAAUUAGUUUUGGAGAAAAUUUGCUUCUUAAAAUCCGAGUACACUAAUGCAGAUGUAGAUGAAAUAUUUUUACUUGAUGCUAAAUUCAUCGCGCAGAAUUUGUAUGUACUAAAGAGACAGCUAAAAUCAACCUACAGCAGACUACCAUGGGAAGAAGUUGAGUUUUGUUUGAUCUGUUUUGUUCUCUCUUGUGUAAAAAUCCAUAAAAUGAAUGUAUUUUUUAAAAUUCAUUUGAAUAAGAGUCUCAUACUACGCCAUCUCAAAAUUUUUGCUGAAGAAUUGGACAAAAUAAUGUUCAAGGAACAUGUGAGCAUUCAUGAACUUUCCACUCUUCCAAAUAAGCAGCGUGAUUUAAUCGUAGCACAGAUUACUCUCAACAAUCCUGAGUUCAGUGAAUUAUACAAGGUGUACAAAAAGGUUCGAGAUUUAUGUUCCCUAGAGAAAAUAAAGCACUAUUUAAAAUUAGCUAUCUUUGCAAACUCUAGUGCCAGGGAAGGACAACUGUCCAUAAUUCGAGCUUUACAAGCCAUUGGUGAAUAUUUCAAGAAUACACUAGAAUCCCCUAACCUUUCGGAGACUGUGAGAGAACUCUUGCUUUCAUCUUUACCACGUAAUACAAGGAAAGUAAUAAUUGAUUUAAGGAACACAUUGUCACACUCCGGUUCUCUCAUGCAAAGAAUUGAAAUUGAAGAAAAAGCCGAUGUUGGUUUUUUCAGUGGUAUCCAAAACGAUGCAAAAAUAAUAGAGAGCUUAGUUGCUGAUAUUCUCUUUAAUAAUAAAGUUGAAUGUAUCGAGUACCUCUUAAAAAAAAUUACCUCAGCCGAAAGCAUUGAUGACUUAAGAGCAAUACUAAAAACUUUUGAUAAUCUUGAUUUUAAUUUGGAAGAACGAAAAUGCUCCAAUUUUUCACAACAGGAAAUUCCUCAAACGUUUCUUAAUCCAAAAUCUUCUUAUAUUACAAAGCAGAAAAAGCUUAAAAAAAUGGUCUUUGAGUUGAGAGAGAAAGUAACUGCUUUAACUGAUAGUGAAGAAAAACUGCUGAGUGUGAUUAAUGUAAAAAUGGAAUCCUUAAAUAUCCAACCAGAAGACACAGAUCUCAACUAUACUGUGGCUAUUUCAUCAAUACCAGCUUUUUUUCAUACGUUACAUGAUACAGUAAUGGAUUCAAAUACUUUCAGAGGUCUCAAGUUUCGAGCUAAUCAGGCACUGGAAAGAAUCUGUUCGAAAAUAAAACCUCGUGAUUUGAAAAAUAUCAUUGACCUGUCCAUGUGUUUGUGUGUAAAUAUGAUUUCAAAAUUGAGUGAAAAAGAUGAAAGGCUUGAUGAAUAUAAUAAAUUAAUGAAUGAAUUCGUUUAUUUUGCUGAAGCCGAAACUAAUGAUAUUCAGUGGAUUCAAAAAUUAAGACAGAAUUUAAGUGGAAAAGGCCGUUUUUUUUCUAUUGAGACACCAAAGAGUACUUUUAAAGGGACAGCUUUCAAAAACAAUUACAAACUUAAUUUGAAGCUGAAUGAAUUGCGACAUAUUCUAGAAAUCGAUGGUUUUGGAGGAGAAACAACUGAAAGACUGAUUUCCUUCACAAAACAAAAAGAGAUCCGAACGGCAGUAGAAAUGCUUCUCUUGGACGUAUUGUCGAUUUUAGGCGACUCCAAGAAAUAUUUGGAAAAAAAUCUUUUUUAUUUAGAUGAUCAUGUCCCUCUUUUGAUCGGGAAAUGUUUACGAGAUCAUUUAGCGCAUGGCAAUGCUUUAGUUGAUUUAUCAUCGCUUAAUCCAGCCUUUGCAGUGAUUUUGAAUGCAAAAAAACUCAUCAGCAUUGAAAAUGUAUUAACUAGCAACUAUAAAAUCGGCAAAUUUGUGCGAGAUAGUCCCUCCUUUGUCAAAACGAAACAUGACCGUAAAUUAGCGAUUGUAUCCAACCAGGAAAAAAUGUUUGCCGCAUUGGCUGAGGGAAAUUUACAGUUGCUAGAAACUUGUCUUCAGAACGGAGCAGAUUUUAAUGCACGAAAUACCAAAGGACAGACUGCAUUGCAUUUCGCAGCUAUGGGAUCAAAUGUUGAGGUUUUAGAGAUGACUCUUGGACGAAUUUUGAACCCCAAUGAAAAAGACUCGAUCAAUCAAACUCCUCUCCAUGUAGCAGCUGAACAUGGAAAUUCGAGGAUCAUAGAGUUACUUUUAAAAAAUACAAAAAUACAAGUUGAUGAAACUGAUACCUUUCUCAAAACUCCAUUGCAUUUAGCAGCAAAGAAUGGUCACAAGGAAACAGUCCUAGUGUUAUUGGCAAAUAAAGCCAGUACUUUUCUAAAAGACGCCGGGGGUAAUACAGCUUUACAUGCCUCGGUCUCCCACAAUCACAUAGAGGUGGUAAAGACUCUAUUGGAAAAGGAAGUAAACGUAGAUAGCAAUCAAACCUCAGGUGGAUACACAUGCUUACAUAUUGCUACCGAAUUUGGCUUCCUGGAUUUGGUCAAUUUUCUGCUACUCAACAAUGCCAACCCAAAUGCCUUAACUGAUCUGAGCAGAGCACCUCUACAUUCAACAGCACUAAAUGGUCAUUUAGAAGUGUUACAGGUCUUGAUCAAAUAUGGAGCCGAUGUAAAUUUAAGGGUUUUAGAUGGUUGCACUUCUUUACAUUACGCUGUAGAAACCGGGCGUGAGCAAGUAACCCUGGCUUUACUUCAACAUGGAGCUGAUCCUAAUAUAUGCGACAAGGAAAUUGGCAACGGACCGCUACAUUAUGCAGCGCAAGAUGGACAUGAAGGUAUCACUAAUAUUUUACUUGAUAAUGGAGCCAAUGUGAAUGUUACUACUUUAGGAGGUGAAACGCCAUUACAUCUGGCUGCUCAUAAUGGUCAUCUGAAAAUUGUUGCCACUCUUCUGAAACAUGGUGCAAAUAUUCAUGCCAAAAAUUGCUUCUACACUACACCUCUGCAUUAUGCAGGAGCUCAAGGUCAUCUAGAAAUUGUCAAGCUCCUUGUCAAGAAUGGAGCUGAUGUUAAUAUGGAGAAUACUCUCAGUCCACCUCCGUUAUUUGCUGCUGCUUCAGGAGGUCAUGAGCAUAUAAUCAAAUUUUUUAUAAAGAAUAAGGCUAAGGUUAAUGCAAGACAUACUAAUGGUUCCACAGCAUUACAAGAAGCUGCUUUGAAGGGUAAAGUUGAUGCUAUCCGUAUUUUAUUGCAGAAUGGAGCUAAAGUUUCAACUGAAGAUCAUGAAGAUGUAGUAAGUCCAAUCAACGCUGCUAUUACUAGUGGAUGUAAGGAUUCUGUUGAGCUUCUAAUCAACAAUAAUGCAGAUGCAAACAAAAUUUCGUAUUUAGGUACAGCUAUCAGUGAAGGUCAUGAGCAAAUAGUUCAGCUUUUGUUGGAAAAAAAAUGUCAGGCUUAUUCAAAAAUGUUAAAAGAUGGGUCAGCACUGUAUCUAGCCAUUCAAGAGGGGAACAAAAAAAUUGUUGAGCUUUUGAUUAAAUAUGGAGCCGAUGUCAAUGCAAGUGAAUCAUCUUCCACUCCACUAAUUUGGGCAGUGAAGUCUAAUAAAGUGGAAAUUGUUGAGUUACUUCUAGCCCAUGGAGCCUCCGUCAAUGAUAACAAAAAUCAUCCGCUACCUCUUGCCAUUCUCUCAGGUUUCCAGGAUAUAAUAGAGGCUCUUCUGAAAAACGGAGUUCAUAUCCAUCAUAAAGAAGUGGAAAAUAUUACUUUCUUACAUUUAGCGGCUGUAAAGGGUGAUGAAAGAACAGUGAAUGCUUUGAUUCGUAGAGGUGCUGAAGUCAAUGCUGUAAAUGUUAGAAACGAGACACCAUUAUUUCUCGCAUCUAUAGAAGGUCAUGAAGAAGUUGUCAAAAUUUUAAUUGCAAACAAUGCCGACGUGAACAUAAUGAGUGAUUCUGGUACUGCUUUACACCUUGCUGUAGGUGGGAAACAUGCGGAGGUUGUUGAAAUUCUUCUUGAAAGUGGGGCAAAAGUUGAAACAAAAGAUAAUAAAAACAGAACUGCUCUCGAAUUGGCAAUUGCUCGUGCUGAUCUGCAAAUAGCUAAAAUGUUAUUUCAACAAAAUGAAGUAGCUAUAAAUGCCCAAGGUAACGAUGGAUGGACAAUGCUCCACAUUGCUGCUCAAGAACAAAAUGUUGAAAUUGUAAAAUUUCUGGUCGACAAUGGUGCAAAUAUGAAUGCAAGAAAUAACUCAGGCUCAAAACCUAUACAUAUUGCAGCCAGAGAAGGCAAAAAAGAUAUUUUAGAAUUUUUCUUAAGCAAGGGGUUAAGUAUACAUGAAAUCGGUGCAGCAGGACAGACUCCAUUGCACUAUGCUGCCAUGAAAGGCCAGCUAGAAGUAAUCAAUUAUUUACUAACUAAUGGUGCAGACGUAAAUUACAAGGAUUUAAAUGGUUUAGGACCUAUUCAUAUUGCAGCCACUCAUAGCACUAAAGAAACUGUGAAAAUUCUUCUGAAAUAUGGAGCUCGUUUUGAUUCAGCUACCCAUUUCGGUGUUAAGUUGGAACCCACUAAAAUGACUAAAGACAAAGAUGUUUUGAGUCUAUUAGCAUCAACAGAAAGUUUAUUUGGAUCUGUGCGACAAAAUAAUGCUGUGCUGGUUAGAAAGUUUAUUAAGGAGGGGGGGUUCAUUGAUGUCAGACACUCUAAAUAUGGCACCCCUUUACACUAUGCUGUAUGGAAAGGCUACGAUGAAAUCAUCAACUGCCUGUUGGAAAAUAAUGCAAAUCCAAAUAUAGUCGUUGAUAAAGGUUUCUCUCCGCUGCAUUAUGCCGCAAAAUAUUCUCAAUUCCAAGCAGUUAUUUCGUUAUUACAGAAAGGUGCUAUUUAUGACUGCAUCUCUGAUAGUAAACAAACACCCCUUGAACUUUCCAAAGACAAAAAAAUAACCAAGAUAUUGGAGACUGUGGACCAAGCUUUCAGCGAUGUCAAGAACUCUAAUAUCAGAGUUAUCAGUAAUCUUAAAAGAAUAACCGAUAAAGAAGUAAUAAAAGCUAUAAUGCGAGCUCGUUGCAAAAAUAACGAUACCCUAAUUGUUGCUGGAAUUCUCAAUAAUUUUCCAAAAGUAGAUCAGUUGAAACAGACAUUUCAAGGUAAUGUUUCAAUUGAAAGUAUAAAUUUAAGCUCCAACAGCAUUAUGUUGGAGUUGGAAAGCAUACUUGAUAGAAGAAAAGACAUACUAGGAGAAGAUAAUCCUGGAACAUUAGAUGUACAAGUAGAAAUAGCUGCAUUACAUUAUUCCAAGGGAAAUUACAUUAAGGCAUACAAUAUUUUAGAUGUUGUGUGUACAAAAUUCGUGGAAACUUUAGGCAUCAACAAUGAAGAUGUCUUGCACGCCAAAAGUAUAUUUGCAUUGGUGCUGCAUCGAAUGGACAGAAAUGAGGAAGCUUUCUCCAUAUUUCAGGAGAUUUAUCCAAAGCAAAAGGAACUGUUAGGACCCAAUCAUAAAAGCACUGAAGAUACCUUAUUUCACAUGGCCUUAGUAAUGGAGAAGUUGGGUAAGCACGAAGAAGCACUAAGUAUUAAUACAAAUUUAUUUGAAAGUAAGAAAAGAUCAUUAGGCGAAAAUAAUGCAGAAACUAUAAGAGCAAGAAAUAACAUGGCAUUAGUGCUUUUAAGUCAAGGUAAGACAGAGGAAGCGUUAUUUAUCUACAGAGAGGUUUUGGAGAAGAAGAAAUUAGUUUUGGGGAUUCAAAAUCGCGAAACGAUGAGAACAUACCGUAGUAUUGCAAGCAUUCUCUCUCAACAAAAAAAGUCUGAAGAGGCACUGAAGAUUUUUCAAGAAAUCCUUGGUAUUCAGAAAAAAUUCCUCGAACCAAAUCACCCAGAUAAUUUGUGCAUUAAAUUUGCCAUCGCUGAAGAACUUUUCAAGCAAGGUAAACAUGUAAGUUCAUUCAAAGCCUUCAAAGAAUUAUGUGAGCUAGGGAAUGUCUUCCAUGGGGCUGAUGAGAAACUUGCAUUACUUGCUAAACAAAGAAUGGAUAUGAUACAUUUGCUUUUAAAGCUGAGAGACAAAAAUAUGUCAGAUGUCACUGGCCGUCUUGAAAAAAAUAUAUUUACAGCAGCCAGUGAUGGUGACUUACCAAGUAUUCAAAGGCUACUCGAAAAUGGAGUGAACAUCAAUGAAAAAGAUAAUAAUGGAAGAUCGCCGCUACACUAUGCCAUCAGCUAUGGGCACGCAAGCAUUGUAAAGUUUUUCCUUGACAAUAAAGCGGAUCCCUCUUUAACUACACACAAAGGAAACACACCACUGCACACUGCUGUAGCCAAAGGUCAGAAGAAAAUAGUGGAAAUGUUGCUUCAGAAGGUAGCUCGUGACAAAGUAAAUCAUCUAGUCAACUUCGGCACUACUUCCAGUAUGACCACAGCACUACACAUCGCCGCCAAAAAUGGCUCUUUGGAAAUUGUAAAAUUAUUAUUAAAAAAUGGAGCAAUGUUUAAUGUUAAAAGCAAAGAAAAUCAAACUCCUUUCAACGUUGCCACCGAUCAGAAUAUCUUGACCUUUUUAAAAAUAAUCGAAGAUUUAUUUGAAAGCGCAGAAAGAGGAACAAAUGAAAUUAUCAAAAAGUUAAAGGCUGUAAAUUCUGACGACUUCAAUACUUUAUCAAAUGCUCGCAACAGUCAAGGAAAUACUCUGCUCACUGUGGCAAUUGCCAAGAAGCAUAAACACCUUGUCAGCCAAUUGUUGAGCAUGUUAAAGCAUCAGAAGUAAACUAUUUUUUCGUUGCAUGUGUGUCCCAAAAAUUAAUGUUUUAUUUUUAUACUGCCCAGUAAAAAAUGCUCCCACGUCCUUUGCAAUACAGUGCUGCUACUUUGUUAGUUUAUCUACCAUUAUUUAAAUCUACUCUUCAUGGGUAUUAUUAAUAAAACUGUACUUCGGCUUUUAUUUGUAAGCUCCUUAAUUAUAUCAGCAUUUAUGAGCUUAUUGGAGAGUUUUUUCACUGCGACAAUUCAAUAAUUCUAUCUUGCUCUUCGCAGAGACACGCCAACAUCUAUGUGAUUAGACCCAAGUUCUUUUUACAAUCAUUGUGAAAUCCUUUUUACAUAUUUCGGUUUUUUAUUUCAGAUUUUACCCAUUAAAAUUUUACUAAAAGUUAAAGGAAUGAAAAUCAACGGAAGGUUUCUAGUUUUGAUUUGUUUAGUCAUUCAAUAUUACCUGAAUAAGUUACCCUAAAGAGUAAACAUGUUUUUUUAUCAAAAUUCCAUCCAUCCUUUAAUACCACUUAUGAAUUCUGAAUACUUAUUAAAAACUCAUUUUUGUUUAGUUGUUUUUUACUUCAGUCGUGUUUGGCAGGACUGCUGCCCAUCAAAACACAUUUAAAGCAACAAAUCUCCAAGAAAAAUGAAAAGUUUUUAAUAAGUGUACAGUCUUUAUCUAUGAAUUUUAACAACAUAUUCCAGUAUCCAAGUUUUAGCCUCAUUUAUGUUUCCGCUUUAAUAUUUAUAUUAGCCUUCUUUGCAUUUCAUUCCUCCCGCUAUUGCUGAAAAGUGCUGACAUAAACUCUUUUAGUCGAUGUAAAAACUCAGCCUGCAUAUUCUUUUGAAAUUUUGAAGCAAUUUUGCGUCAUUUUGAUAGUUCACUUAUUAUGUAUUUUUUUCUGAAUUUUAAUGCUUGUUUGUAAUAUGUAAAUCAACGGUGAAACUACUAGACCACGUAUCUUGGUUUGCGACAUUUUCGACUUCCUGCCACACUCUUAUCUUUUAAAUGGAAAACUACUCCAAGUCAGUUCUUGAAAACUUACGUGUUUUUUCCUCUAUAUGCGAAGAAAACUCAGUAAAAGUUUCAAGAAAUGAUAUUGAUUUGUUCUCCUUCAACAAAUAACAUGAGAGCAGAGAUUUUUAAACACCGCAAACGAGAUACGUGGUCUGGUAGUUUCACUGUCCAUAUUUUUAAUAUAUACUCUUGGAUGAAGGUUUUGCUGACCUACCCUAUUGCUUCUUUAAACUCAUUCUUUAUUUGCAAUAUGGUUGGCUAAAUUCGAAGAAUGCAAAUCUCAGAUUGCAACGUUGUAAGUCUCUGCCCAUGUUAAAUUUUUUUAGGGAAAGGAACCAAAACUUUUUAUUGAAAUUUUCAGUAAGUAAAUUCUUUUCUUGUUUCUUCAAAAAUCACACAAAAUGGCAAUGGAACAUUUCUUUUCCUUGAAGAAAAUAAAACAUAAGCAGUGCUUUUUUGAACGUUGAAUUUGAGCUACGCAUUGUUUGUAUUUAGCCAUCGAUGUGUCCAUCAUUAUUUGCUUGAGCUGAGUUUUAAUUUUUUCUGUUCUUUUUCAAUAUUUCCCAUUCACUUACAUUUGCUCGUGAAAUUUACAAUUUUCAAUACUUACUGAAGUCACAUCAGAACCUCAUGAAUUUAACUUCAAUUGAUAUUUGCAUCACUUCACUCAAUCCUCAUUACUCAUAAGUUUAAAUCCUUCUUUAUUACCGAAGAAAAAAUCAAAUAGGCAGGAAUUUUCUCCAAAAAGCCACAUUUCCUCCUCAUCAGUUUUUCUAUGUGAAUUAUGAUUUCUCAGACCUACCUAAUUGCUCUUUUAACCCAUUCUUUACUCCUUGUUUCUCUGGUAAUUAUUUUUAUCUGUUCAUUUUCAAUUUUUAUUUUUUACUUACGCUCUCUUGCAAUCUUUGUGAUUGUCAAUAUUGUGAUUGCAUUCAUUUCUCAGGAGUAAAGCAUUAAUUUAUCAUUGUAUCACUUCACUUAAUUCGCAUUACUUCCUUGUGAGUUGGCCAUACUGAUUAUAUAUCUCGGAAGAAUAAUUCAAUGAGGCAGCUUUCCUCCAAAAAUAUACAUUUCCUUUCCAACAAAGUUUUUUUUAGAGUUUCUUGAUAUAUUAGGUUAAGCUUGUACUUAAUAAUAAAAUAGGAUAGUGAUUUUAAAAUUUAAUGACAAUUUUCGCAGGUGCUUCUUAGUUACCUUCUCCAUUUAUUAGCUCCAUUAAGUGAGAUUCCAUUUAUUACAGGCUACUUCAAGCCAACGAUACUCAUUUAGUGUUAUAACCUUUCUUAAAUAUAUUUUUUAUACCAUUAUGUUAUUCUUUAAUAUAUCAUUUAAUUUUGAUAAUCUGUCUACUUUUUCUACUCAUGAACACCUUGAUAUCUUAAUUACAUCAUUUUGAUGGAUGGUACCUAUCAAUUUUCAGAGCAUGACUUAGCUCUAUUAUUUGACCGCAAUGCUUUGGAUAGCAAAUCCAUGGUAUCUACAUAUUUUGCGUAUAAUUUCAUUGUAUUUAAUGUAAUUACAUGUGAAAAUAUCCUGAGGUAAUUAAUUCACCCCUCCUUUCCUGUAUAUAUUCUCAAAUAUAGAUUUGUCGCUGUCCAUUCA